CUGCUGCUCCUGCUCCUCCGCGGCCUCUCCCUGUGUAGGCGGGUCGGAGCCGCCGCCCCCUGCCGACUUCAGGCUCCGCUGGGAGGGGACGAGUCGCAGGACGAGCCCCCGGCAGUUACCCGGAAAACUUUGGUAGUUCAGCGGGAGGAAUUCGCUUCAACUGUCCGUGUCACCGCAUCAACGCCGGACCUGAAUCUGUGGCGCUGAGAGGUGAUGCUGGGGGUCGCAGGAAUGACGGGCAGCAUUGCCAAUGCCCUGGCCAAUGCGGCCUGCGAGCGAUGUAAGAGCGGUUUCGCUCCGACAGAGAAGAUCGUCAACAGUAACGGAGAGCUGUACCACGAGCACUGCUUUGUGUGUGCCCAGUGCUUCCAGCAGUUUCCAGAGGGACUCUUCUAUGAGUUUGAAGGAAGAAAAUAUUGUGAACAUGACUUCCAGAUGCUGUUUGCUCCUUGUUGUCACCAGUGUGGGGAGUUCAUCAUCGGUCGUGUCAUUAAGGCCAUGAACAAUAGUUGGCACCCAGACUGCUUCUGCUGUGACAUUUGCCAGGCGGUGCUUGCAGAUGUGGGAUUUGUCAAAAAUGCUGGCAGGCACCUCUGUCGCCCGUGCCAUAACCGUGAGAAAGCUCGUGGCCUGGGCAAGUACAUCUGCCAGAAGUGCCAUGCUAUCAUAGAGGAGCAGCCACUGAUCUUUAAGAAUGAUCCCUAUCACCCAGACCACUUCAACUGCAACAACUGUGGGAAGGAAUUGACAGCAGAUGCCAGGGAACUAAAGGGAGAGCUCUACUGUUUGCCCUGCCAUGACAAGAUGGGUGUACCAAUCUGUGGUGCCUGCAGGAGACCCAUUGAGGGGCGUGUUGUCAAUGCUAUGGGCAAGCAGUGGCAUGUGGAGCAUUUUGUGUGCGCCAAGUGUGAGAAACCUUUCCUCGGUCAUCGCCACUAUGAGAGAAAGGGGUUGGCGUACUGCGAGACUCAUUAUAACCAGCUCUUCGGCGAUGUGUGCUAUCACUGCAACCGUGUGAUUGAGGGCGAUGUCGUGUCUGCCCUUAACAAGGCCUGGUGUGUCAGUUGUUUCUCAUGCUCCACCUGCAACACCAAACUCACUCUCAGAAACAAGUUUGUUGAGUUUGACAUGAAGCCUGUCUGUAAAAAGUGCUACGAGAAGUUUCCUCUGGAGCUGAAGAAAAGGCUUAAGAAGCUCGCAGAGUCUUUGGGACGCAAGUGACUGCGUUAGGAAGACGACCUUGAAUUAGGGUGACUAUAUUCCUGCUGUGCCUGUGGUGAUAAAAUACUUGCUGCUUUACAACAUGAGAGCCUGGCAUUAUACACGUAUAUCAAUAUUAAACAUGUAAAUCAGGGAUCCAUUAAAAAAUAUGUAGAUGUAAAAAUACACCAGUGUGGUCUUGUUAUAAAUGUGCCUGUUAGCAGUUGUUUUUUUUCCUGUUUUCUUAUAGACAAUUUGUUUUUUUAUACAUUCCUAAACUAAAUUGUCCAAAUUACUUUUUCUCUCCUGUCCAAGAAAAGAGAUGCCCAACUUUUAUUUACUGCAGUUCUGUCUAAAACGUUUUAUUGAAUUUGAAGCUUGGAUUGCAACAACACUUGUACCUUGAAUAUAUGAACUGUGUCUCUUAAAAUGCAAAUAACAAUUAAAGUGUAACUUACGUAUUGUUGUAAUACAGUAAAGCCUUAGUGUAGCCAUCUUAAUUAGAUAAAGUAUCUUCUGAAAGAAGAGGUUUACUUGACUUUUCACCACAACCACUGUGUUCUUCAGGAUAUUUUAAUGUUGUGUCUUCUCCCUUAUAUCAAAAUGAAAUAAUGCAAGAAAACAAUCAGAAACAUUCUGGGGUCAAGGAUCAUCUACAGACACAAAGUGUCAAUGAAUCCACACCUGGACAUAUAUAUUAAAUGUAUGUCAGAAGUUUCUAUGUAAUGAUUCCAACUGUUUGCUUCUUGUCAGUUCUUAUCUGUCUGUUUUGUCAGAUAUAUAAUCCAUCGGUACUUAUUUUAUUCAAAUGAUUACUCUCUGGUUGUUAAUUCAUCCCAUAAUCUUAAUAUUUACAAAAAGUACAUUGGGAGAAAAUCUGAGAUUAGGAGCUGCUAUUAUGAUUAAUAAUAAAAAAUAUUAUAAUAAUCAAUUAAUAAUCUUUUAAAGUGAUCUGUUGUUUGGACUGUAUGCUCAGUGUCAUUUUAUUGCUUGUACUGUGAAUGUCUGGAGUUUGCCACUGUUGUAUUUAGCCAAAAGAACUUUCUGAGGGAAACGGUUCAAAGCAAAAUGAACCUUCUGCUGAUUAUUUAACAUGUAAACGCUUUGAUGAUAAAAUAUCAGGAAUGAGUCAGCACAUUGUGUGCAGACAGGAAAAUGUGUUUAAAAAAAGUGACAUACAACAAAAACUAUAUAUUUGUGUGGAUGAACCUUUUUUAUUAUGGUUUUGCAUAUUUCACUUGUCAGAGUUUACUUUUUUAAUUUUGCAUGAAAUGGAGAAUUACAAUUCAUUGCAGGAAAUAUACAGUAUUUGGUUUUCUGUAGACUGAUCAAUAAACGCUGCCUGAACA